CAUGAAGCUGACGGACAACGUGCUGCGGAGCUUCCGCGUGGCCAAGGUCUUCCGCGAGAACUCGGACAAGAUCAACUGCUUCGACUUCAGCCCCAACGGCGAGGCGCUCAUCUCCAGCAGCGACGACGACUCCAUCGUGCUCUACGACUGCCAGGAGGGCAAACCAAGGAGAACACUGUACAGUAAAAAGUAUGGAGUGGAUCUCAUCAGAUAUACACAUGCUGCCAACACUGUAGUAUACAGUUCCAAUAAAAUAGAUGAUACGAUCAGAUACCUCUCGCUGCAUGACAACAAAUACAUCAGAUACUUCCCAGGACAUAACAAAAGAGUUGUCGCUCUGUCCAUGUCUCCGGUAGAUGAUACCUUUAUUUCAGGGUCACUUGAUAAAACUAUAAGACUUUGGGAUCUUCGUUCUCCUAAUUGCCAGGGUUUGAUGCAUCCUCAGGGGAAGCCUGUGUGCUCAUUUGAUCCAGAGGGGCUGAUUUUUGCAGCUGGUGUCAAUUCUGAAAUGGUGAAACUUUAUGAUCUUCGUUCUUUUGACAAGGGUCCGUUCGCUACCUUUAAGAUGCAGUAUGAUCGAACUUGUGAAUGGACUGGUUUGAAGUUCAGCAAUGAUGGCAAGUUGUUUCUUAUAUCAACCAAUGGAGGGUUUAUCCGACUCAUUGAUGCCUUUAAAGGAGCUGUGCUGCACACGUUUGCGGGAUACAACAACAGUAAAGCUGUCACACUAGAGGCUUCAUUCACCCCAGAUUCUCAGUUUGUAAUGAUUGGGUCUGAGGAUGGGAAGAUUCAUGUCUGGAAUGGAGAGGGUGGAAUGAAAGUAGCAGUGCUGGAUGGAAAGCACACAGGUCCCAUUACCUGUUUACAGUUUAACCCCAAGUUUAUGACUUUUGCCAGUGCGUGUUCCAACAUGGCCUUUUGGUUACCCACCAUAGACGACUAGUUCUGGAUUAAUCACUUCUUUUGGACAGUU